CUUACAUGCACUUGAACCAACACCCAAGCACGCCGGCCUGCAUCCCAUCAGCUUCAGCUCCUCUCGUGCCAUCGCCACGUCUCCCUUUCUUCUGCCUCUGAGUUUUGUCUCUGGGUCACAGGAACCCCGCCCGCUUCCCGAGAAUUGCGCCAGAUCAUCCACCGCUUACGCCUGCAGUAAACAACCUGUUUGGCACUAGCGCCGCCAUAGCGCCAUCUGUACAUCAUACACCUACGCUUUCCCCUCGCUCCGCUAACGCAGCUGAAGCUCGCAAGGGGGGCAUGCGACCAGCACGUCGAUAACACAAAGAACCUGCUGUCCGGGCGACGUGCUCAUCCCAUUUCGCCCUCCCCUCAAGUAACAGCAGCACAUCACCAACCCGAUCAUCGCUCUCGCCAUCUGGUCGACGUCCACGUGCCUUGGUUCCUGACGCCGUGACUCCCCUCGUCGCCACUACCAACAAACUUGGACACCAAACUAGGCCUACCGCACUAUGGCCUUCUUACAGCAGCAUAGGCCACAGAGCGGCCGCCAGACUUCCUACCGUGGCCCAGAACGCGUCGACGAAGCCACACCCGCCUUGCCCCAAGUCAAGACGUCUCUCGAGCAAUCAGAGGAGUGGGUUCUCUUCUCUCCCCCCGCCCCCUCAACCACCACCCGCACACACACCACCUCGACUGAGCGAACACCGCGCACAGCUGGCCUGUCGCGUUUCAGUGAGUUUGGCUCACUCGAAACUGUCGCUCGCUCGAAUCAGGAUGAUGAUGUCGGCACGUCCUUUGGCACAGAGGAGGAACUUGAUAGUCUCGAUGAUGGCCUGCAUGCUUUCCAUGAACCAUCUGAAUACGGUGCCCCGGUGAGCAGACUGCAGGAAAGUGGAGAUACCGUGCUUCCAACCCACGAUGGGCUGGGCGAAUUCAAACCAGACUCGACUAUGCAAGAACACAUGUGGCACUUUGAGCGCUCGCGGAGGCGACUAGUCAGACGGCGCUCGAGUGUGCAGCGACAUUUGACCAUACUUGACGAUACCGACGAAAUGACCACAGAACAGGAGAAGCGGCAGCGUAUUGAGAGGUGGCGGUUGGAGCAAAGCAAAGCCUUGUUAGAGGAGAUUGAGAGGGAAACAAGGCGAAGACGGCGAAUGAGCAUGGUUAGUACUACGCGGAGUCGGAGGGAAAGUACCAACGCACCCCAACAAUCAUCGAGUGCAGUGCCGCAGCAGGCCCAAUCUGUCUCUGAUGCACAGAGCGACUCAUCUGAGGAAAGUCCUGAGAGCCUCACAUUAUGGCAACGGAUAACACGACGGGUGAUUCGAGAUCUCAUCGGUCUUGACGACAACACACUCUCAGUCAUAUUCGGGGAGACAAUAUCAGAUGAAUCACCAACGCCCACCCCUGGCACACCUACUGAAUUCUCCGCGGAUAAGGCUCUGGAGGAUGCAGGAAUCGAUGCCUCACGAUUUUCAGAUGAUGCCUGGCAGACGAAGCUACUUGAGAGGGUAGCCGUGGAGCUGGGAACCUUGGUCAACCAACUUUCUGAGCACCCCGGGGCUUUCUCUACAUAUCAACAAACACAAUCAAUACCAGACUAUGCAGGUCUUACACCGGUAAGAUCUAAUACGACCCUCGCAUCCGACGCCACAUCCUCACGACCAACAAGUUCUCAGCCGACCACAUUACCUGCAUCAGCCCAGUUCGCCCCUACUUUUCCAGCCCAAGCAUCCCAUACCUAUAGCGAAGCCUCGUUAUGGGGGAUUGAAGAAGAACCCAACGACGCCGACUUGUUGGAUUCAUCUGUUGCAACGCCCAUCCCUACACCCGAUAUCGCCGAAGAACUUGCCCGCGAGCGCGAAUACUGGGAACGCGAGAUUGACGUCACGAUGAUUUUCAACUUUCUCAUUAAACGCUUUUCUUCCCGGCGGUCGAGCAUUUCGCUUCCACCGCCGUCUGCCCGCACAACCAGUGCCCCACGGUCGGGAGGGGCAGAAGACGACAACAUGAGCUCAGCGCGCCGAGCGGCAAUCAUCCGCCAGCACCACCCUUUGGUAGAUAGGACGACGACCGAUGCUAGACUCCCGACGUCGUCCGCUGCUCAAACCAAAAGGGAGUCAUCGUCGAGACGAUACUCGACAUACUACUCGCCGCCGUCGGUCCCAGCUGGACUGAGGGAAAAGGCCAAGUUGAGGAGUAGCAGUAGCUGCGCUAGCCAGAGCACCAAGAAGAGCAAGCGGAGCGGGAACUCGGCAAGAAACUACUGGGAUUUAGGUGGUAGUGUAGGCAGUGGCAGUGUAUUUGCUGGUGAAGUGUAAGCUUGUUGACGGAUUGCAUGCAUAUCAUGAAAUCAAAUAGAAGAAAUAGAAGUUCAAGGCACAGUAAGGAUUGAAGUAAGGGGAUUCUUUUUUUAUACAUCUACGGCUUAUACCGUUGUUUAUAACGAUUCCGCUCUGGGGGAAGGUGGGGGGGCGUAACCAUGUAUGUACAUAUGUAUGACAUUUCUGGACUCUUUAGUCCAUUCUAUUCUAUGAAAUAAACAGCGAACUGGGAUAUUUCGGCU